GUGUAUGUCCCUAGAGUGUGCUGACAUUUAAUGUUCUGUAAGUAUCAUAAACCUGAACUCUAACAUCCUUGUACCGUACAAUGGCUUUCUUACUUUGUGCAGUUGAUCUAGCUACGGUAAUAAUCAGUAAUUUUGAACUGUACCUAGGUGAAGCACUCCUGCCUGAAUUGGUUUUCAUAUAGACUGUCAAUUGUAGAUAAUUUGCAUUUAAUAUAUAGUGCUGUUUAAACUCAUGUUGGUCACUUUAAAAAAUUUACUACAGAUAUUAGAAAAUUUGGAACAAGGCUUAGCUGAAGAUGGAACUAUGACUAACAUUACACAGGAGAACAGACAAGCCUCUGUUCAGCUGUGGAGGUCACGUCUGGGCCGGGUGAUGUACUCCAUGGCAAACUGUCUGCUAAUGAUGAAGGACUAUGUCCUUGCUGUAGAUGCUUAUCACACCGUCAUCAAAUAUUACCCACAGCAAGAGCCUCAGCUGCUGAGCGGAAUUGGAAGGAUUUUCCUUCAGAUUGGAGACAUAAGAACUGCAGAAAAGUAUUUUCAAGACGUUGAGAAAGUGACUCACAAAUUGGAUGGACUACAGAGCCAAAUUAUGGUUUUAAUGAACAGAGCAUUUCUCCACCUUGGUCAGAAUAAUUUUGCAGAAGCUCAUCGAUUUUUCACAGAAAUUUUAAGGAUCGACUCAUCAAAUGCUGUGGCUAAUAACAAUGCUGCUGUUUGUCUUCUUUAUCUGGGAAAACUGAAGGAUUCCCUCCGGCUUCAGCAGGACCCUAAACAUUACCUACACGAGAGUGUUCUCUUCAACUUGACAACUAUGUAUGAACUGGAGUCAUCUCGCAGUAUGCAGAAGAAGCAGGCGCUUUUAGAGGCUGUAGCUGUCAAAGAGGGCGAUAGCUUUAAUACUCAGUGUCUCAAGUUAGGAUAGAUCAUUUCCAACUAAUCUUUUCCAGCAAGACUGAUUUUUUAAAUUGUAUAUACUCUUGCUAAUGUGUAAAUGUGAAAUAAAAUCUAUUCGGUU